AUGGCUACCACCUCUGUGGCCAGCUCCCUAGUCUUCCCAGCCGCCCAGCCUCCCAGCUUCCCAGACCGCCUAGCCUCCCAGCUUCCCAGCCGCCAAGCCUCCCAGCUCCCAGUAGCCUCCCAGCCUCCCAGCCUCCCAGCCGUCCCUGCCUCCCAGCCGCCCUACCUUCCAACCGCCAGGCUCCCAACCUGCCGAGCAUGCCCACCUCCACUGCUCCGCCCCAGCCCACCUUGGCCCCACUACACUCCCUGCCCCCCAGAACUCUUACCUCCCGCCCCCCAGCAACUCUACCUCCCUGCCCCCCAGCAAACUACCUACCCCCCUGCCUCCCAGCAACUCUACCUCCCUACCUCCCAGCAACUCUACCUCCCUGCCACCUCACACUUCUACACCUCCCUGCCUCCCAGCAACUCUACCUCCCUGCCUCCCAGCAACUCUACCUCCUGCCUCCCAGCCACUCUACCUCCCUACCUCCCAGCAACUCAUCCUCCCUGCCUCCAGCAACUCUACCUCCUGCCUCCCAGCCACUCUACCUCCCUACCUCCCAGCCACUCUACCUCCCUGCCUCCAGCCACCCUACCUCCCAGCCUCCCACCACCCACCUCCCAGCCUCCAGCCACUCUACCUCCCUGCCUCCAAGCAACUCUACCUCCCUGCCUCCCAGCCACUCUACCUCCCUGCCUCCCAGCCACUCUACCUCCCUGCCUCUCACCCUGCCUCCCAGCCACUCUACCUCCCUGCCCCCCAGCCACUCUACCUCCCUGCCUCCCCCCACUCUACCUCCCUGCCUCCAAGCAACUCUACCUCCCUGCCUCCCAGCCACUCUACCUCCCUCUCUCACCCUGCCUCCACAUCUACCUCCCUGCUCCCAGCCACUCUACCUCCCUACCUCCCAGCCACUUACCCCACCUCCCAGCCACCCUACCCCAGCCUCCCAGCCACCCUACCUCCCAGCCUCCCAGCCACUCACCUCCCUGCCUCCAAGCCACUCUACCUCCCUGCCUCCCACCACUCUACCUCCCUGCCUCCCAGCCACUCUACCUCCUGCCUCCCAGCACCUCUACCCUGCCUCCGCCCAGCCACUCUACCUCCCUGCCUCCCAGCCACUCUACCUCCCUGCCUCCCAGCCACUCUACCUCCCGCCUCUCACCCUGCCUCCCAUCCACUCUACCUCCCUGCCUCCCAGCCUACUCUACCUCCCUAGCCUCCCACCACUCUACCUCCCUGCCUCUCCAGCCACCCUCCUCCCAGCCACUCUACCCUCCAGCCACUCUACCUCCCUGCUUCCCAGCCACUCUACCUCCCUACCUCCCAGCCACUCUACCUCCCUACCUCCCAGCCACCCUACCUCCCGCCACUCUACCUCCAUUACCUCCCAGCCACUCUACCUCCCUGACCUCCCAGCCACUCUACCUCCCUGCCUCCCACCACUCUACCUCCCUACCUCCCAGCCACCCUACCUCCCAGCCACUCUACCUCCCUACCUCCCAGCCACUCUACCUCCCUGCCUCCCAGCCACUCUACCUCCCUGCCUCCCAGCCACUCUACCUCCCUGCCUCCAGCCACCCUACCUCCCAGCCACUCUACCACCCUACCCCAGUCUCUCACCCUGCCUCCCAGCCACCCUACCUCCCAGCCACUCUACCACCCUACCUCCCAGCCACCCAGUCUCUCACCCUGCCUCCCAGCCACCCUACCUCCCAGCCACCAGUCUUCACCCUACCUCCCAGCCACUCUACCACCCUACCUCCCAGCCACAAGUCUCUCACCCUACCUCCCAGCAACUCUACCUACCUGCCUCCCAGCCACUCUACCUCCCAGCCUCCAACCUCCAGCCACUCUACCACCCUACCUCCCAGCCACCCAGUUCUCUCACCCUGCCUCCCACCCACCCUACCUCCCUGCCACCUAGCCUUCCACCCACCCUAA